AUGUCGUUGAGUCGCUUGUCAUCUCCUCAGACAUUCUCUCGCGUUUUUAUCGUUGCGCGUGGAGCUGCAACAGGACAUGCUGUCGCCCCAUCAUCAGAUAACAGCAUCGGGUAUUUUGAGAAGAUUGCUUAUAGAUUCAAAGGAAUCCCACUGCCGACGGAGACUGAAGCUCCAAAGUCCAUGUUCGAUGCCUGCAAUAAAGAAUGGUCCGCUCCUGAACUCCUUCCAUCCGUUCCAAAAGAUUUCAAAGAGCACCCAGAUCGGGAUUUGACCAAUUAUCCAUACCCGUCUCGUCCAAUGUACCCACCAAAGACUCGUCUCUUGAUGAUGCCCGAUUCGUGGUUUACCGCAUUCCAAAAGGUUACUGGUACCUCUGGUCCAUAUCUUUUCUUCGGAGGACUCUUUGCUUUCCUCGUUAACAAGGAGUUGUGGGUGUUUGAGGAGCAAGGACAUAUGACUGUUGGAUGGAUUCUUUUCUAUCUUUUGGUUUCCAGAACCGCCGGCUAUAAAAUCGAUGCUGGUCUUUACAAGGACUAUCAGGAACGCGUUGGUUUCUUCAAAGGACUUAUUCAAGAAGAUUUGAAGGAAGCUGUUGAUUUCCGCAAAACCUCUGCCGCUCAAACCGCUUCAUUUGCUGCUCUCAAGGAAGGCAUGCCAACUUCUCUCAAGGAUUCCAUGCAGCUACAGCUGGAGGCCGCUUAUAGAAAGAAUGUUCAAACCAUUUCCAAUGAGAUCAAGCGUCGCAUCGAGUAUUUGAAAGAGACCGAGGAGACAAAGGCCAGAUUUGAGCGCGACCAAUUGCUGAAGUUGAUCAAUGACAGUGUCGAGAAGCAAGUCUCCCAGAAAGACUUCCAGGAAAAAUUCCUUCAAAACGCCAUUCAACAACUCAAGGGUAUUGCUGUCUGAAGAUCUCUCUUUCACCUUUUUCAGUGUUUUUGUCGUUUGUUAAAUUAUUCUCGCACACAACAUAAAACCAGUGAUGAUAAUAGUGGCGUUGUUUUCUUUCUCAUAAAAUUUUGAAUUUUC